AUGAACGCGACAAGUGGAAACUCCACGAAACACCAAAUUUAUCGAGAUCGAAAUUACUGCAUAUAUAGUUUUCCUAAGGCGGACUGCAGCGUGCACCAGCAGCUACAGAUAUAGGUCGGCUUUCAUCCAUUAUAUUACUUUAUAAGGAAUUGUGAUGCUUCAAAUUUUGCUCAUACUGUUAAGUCAUUAUAAGCGAUGAACAAAGGUACACCGGCACCGAAGAUAUCUCACCUGCACAGUGUGAGGUGGAGGCAACGAAC